GCAGGAGGUUCUUUGAAACUUUCUGGAUCUGUCAGUCUGGUUCACAGAAAACUGGUUUUAUCAGAAUUGGUCAUGGGCAGGAAAACGGGAGAGUUGAAGCGUUUUUUACCUCCGUCACAGAGACGGAACUGAGGUUUGCGACAGCCCGUGUGAUCUGAUCCAGGCUUGGAGUGGGGAUGGCGACUUCCCAGGGCCCGGCCGGCCAGUGGAGCACAGUGGUGAUUGUGGAGGCUGCGGGUGGAGCCCUGCCCCAGGUUUCAGUGAAACCUGACAACCAGGAAGAGGGCUGUUUAUCCUUUGAGGAUGUGGCUGUGUACUUCUCCUGGGAGGAAUGGACACUGCUUGAUGACUCUCAAAGGCUCCUGUACCAGACUGUGAUGACAGAGAUCUUCACACUAGUGUCCUCACUGGGACUUAUACCUUCUGGGAUCCAUGACAUCACUCAGCUAGAGUAUUGGGCUGAGCCCUCUGUGCCUGCACUAAGAUUCCUGACUCCAGGUUGUUGGAUCAAAGUGGAGAGUGAAAUAUCCCGCUUUGAGCAGAAUCUGUCUUCAGAAGGAGCUGUCAGUUCAACCACUAUGCCACAGCAAAUGCUGUGCUGUGCUGAGACACCCUUGCUAAGCACAGACAAUGUGGCCAUCUUCCAGACCUCCUCGGGUCUUCUCAGGCAUCAGGUGACUUACACUGUUGGGGACGUCCCCAGGAACACUGAGAGUGGAGAGGCCAUUCAGAGUGAGAAGAAGAACUGCAUAUGCAGUGACUGUGGCAAAACGUUUACUAGCACAUCCCACCUCAAUCGGCACCGGAUGAUACACACUGGAGAAAAGCCUUUUCAGUGCAGUGAGUGCGGGAUGUCCUUUAGCCAAAAAGCCUUUCUUGUCAAGCAUUUCAGAAUUCACACUGGAGAGAAGCCGUUCAGGUGCAGUGAGUGUGGCAAAUCCUUCAAGCAUAAUAUCUCCCUCGUUUCUCACCAGCGAGUCCACACAGGAGAGACUCCUUUUACCUGCACCGAAUGUGGGAAAUCAUAUAUGACCAGAUCCAAUCUUACACGUCACUUUCAAGUUCAUGCUGCGGAGAAGCCUUACAGCUGCAGUGAAUGCGGCAAAGCGUUCAAGGAGAAAUCCAGCCUCAUUUAUCAUGCGCGAGUGCACACUCGGGAAAGGCCUUUUCAGUGCAGCGAGUGUGGGAAGUCCUUCAGCCAAAAAGCCUUUCUCAUCAGGCAUUGCAGAAUUCACACUGGAGAGAAGCCUUUCAGGUGCAGUGAGUGUGGCAAAACCUUCAAGCACAACUGCUUCCUUGUUGCUCAUCAGCGAGUUCACACAGGAGAGACGCCUUUUACAUGCACUGAAUGCGGCAAGUCAUAUAUGAACAGAUCCAGUCUUUUAUAUCAUUAUCGGGUUCAUACAGGAGAAAAGCCAUAGAAGUACACUGUAGUAGUUUGAAUAGGUUUGGCCCCUUAGACUCAUGUGUUUGAAUGCUUGGCCCAUAGGGAGUGACACUAUUAGGUGAUGGGACCUUCUUAGAAUAGGUGUGGCCUAGUUGGAGGAAGUGUGUCACUGUGGGGAUGGGCUUUGAGGUCCAGUGCUCAAGCUCCACCCAGUGUGGGAGAGUCUCUGCCUGGCUGCCUUCGGACCAGGAUGUAGAACCUCUGCUCCUCCAGCACCAUGUCUGCCUGCAUGCAGCCAUGGUUCCUGCCACGAUGAUAAUGGACUGAACUUCUGAAACUGUAAGCCAGCCCCAAUUAAAUGUUGCCCUUUAUAAGAGUUACCUUGCUAAUAGUGUCUUUUCAAAACAAUGGAAACCCUAACUAAAACAUAUAUCAAAUGCAUUAAAUUGUUUACGAAAAAAAAAUCCAGCCUUGUUUAUCAUGUCCAAGCUCAUGCAUGGGAAAGGCCUUUUGAAUGUCGUGAAUCUGGGAAGUGUUAAAAGACAAAACUCACCUCAUCAAAGAUCAACAAGUUCAUAGUAGAGGAAAGGCUUUUAUGUGUAGUGUGUGUGGGAUGCAGCCUCAUUUAACAUCAGGGAUUUUACGCAGCGAAGCGUCAUGAGUACAAAGAAUGUGGCAAAGUGUUUUGCUACGGGACUGGCUCCACACUGAAUAGAGUAUAUGUGUUUAGUGCAAUGAACAUGGGAAAUCAUUUCCAUGAUCUACCCUAUCUACACAAGAGGAUAUUCACUGGACAAAAGUCAAGAGUGCUUCAAAUGUGGGGAGCCUUCACCCACACUUCCAUCAUAUUUAACUGAAGAGGCCACAGUGCAGAGAUGCAUCAUGAACCCACUGAUUCUGGGGAAACCUUAGAGCAAAGUCUGCUCUUAUUAGCAACACAGACACAACCCAGAGAGGUUUGUGAAUGCAGAGAACAUAGAGAAAGCUUCAGCCACUGACUGCAGAGAACAUAGAGGAAAGUUCAGCCAUUGACCAAGCUUGUUGAGCCUUAGUGAACGUGACUUUGAGCAGAGAAGUUCUGAGAGUGGCUUUUGUGAGGGAGCCAGUCAUUGAAAAUUACUCAUCAAAGAAUAACAUGGAGUCAAGAUAAGGAUUAUUGUCAUCUUAUUCCUAAGAAGUUAAUGCUUUCAGGGGACUUAGCAAGAGGAAGCACCUGUGUGGAGUGGAGUCUCCAUGUUACUGAGUUUGAAUGGGGAAGGAAGAGAGUGACCUCUGUUUAAAUAAGACAUAUUUUUGUUGUUGUUUGUUCUAUUAGUUGCCCUUUUUUUUUUCUCACUGAAUAUUGCAGUCCCUGGGAUAAAUGAUCACUUACUGUAAA